UUUCUCCAACGAAGUCUUAUAUUUUACCAUUCUGCGUGUAUUAUAAAGCUAAAUUUAAACAGCAACAAUAAGAAGUCUCCCCCAGUGGAUCCCUUGAGCUUUUCGGGAAAAUGCAGAUUUCUGGCUGACAGGAAGAAGAAACAGCAUCCAAUUGGCACUUGUGUCUCAAUGACCAAUCAAAUUUCGCCUUACAUUGCAUCGCUGGGAGAAACGGAGCUGGACGACUCGGUCUCUCGGCCUGUGGCUGCUGCUGUUACCUAGAUGGGCGAGCACCUCUGAGGCUGUCUUUGUUACCUGGGCCGUAAGGGACUGGCAGUUCAGCCCUUCUCUGUGCCUGCUGGAUUUGUUUGUAUUUGUUCCCAGCCUCUGCUCAUGUAAUGCACUCCCUUAACCAGGAAAUUAAAGCAUUCUCCCGGGAUAAUCUCAGGAAGCAAUGCACCAGGGUGACAACGCUAACUGGAAAGAAAAUUAUAGAAACAUGGAAAGAUGCCAGAAUUCAUGUUGUGGAAGAAGUAGAGCCGAGCAGUGGGGGUAGUUGUGGUUAUGUGCAGGACCUUAGCUCGGACCUGCAGGUUGGCGUUAUUAAGCCAUGGUUGCUCCUAGGGUCACAAGACGCUGCUCAUGAUUUGGAUACCCUGAAAAAGAACAAGGUGACUCAUAUUCUUAAUGUUGCAUAUGGAGUUGAAAAUGCUUUCCUCAGUGACUUUACAUAUAAAAGCAUUUCUAUAUUGGAUUUGCCUGAAACCAACAUCCUGUCUUAUUUUCCAGAAUGUUUUGAAUUUAUUGAAGAAGCAAAAAGAAAGGAUGGAGUGGUUCUUGUUCAUUGUAAUGCAGGAGUUUCCAGGGCUGCUGCAAUUGUAAUAGGCUUCCUGAUGAAUUCUGAACAAACCUCAUUUACCAGUGCUUUUUCUUUGGUGAAAAAUGCAAGACCUUCCAUAUGUCCAAAUUCUGGCUUCAUGGAGCAGCUUCGUACAUAUCAAGAGGGCAAAGAAAGCAAUAAGUGUGACAGAAUACAGGAGAACAGUUCUUGAGUUGCAUUAUAGCAGACAAUGGACAACUGUAGUUUCUGAACUAGCUUCUAUAGCCAUCUUUUCCCUUCUUUGGAGAGUAGACUAGCAAAACUCCCUUUUUUCUCUUGCCUUUUUUAUGCAUAAAUGGAGGUCAACUUGAAUGUCCUGACCUACUGUAUAAGUAAAUUUCAAAUGUCAUUACUUUCUCUUUGUUAUUAUAAUGUGUGAUUAAAUGCUUUUUUAAAUUGCUAAGGGAAAACAACAAAGUAUUAGUAAUCAUUGCUUUCUGUAGAAGAAAAAGGUUUACAUUUAAAAUGUAUAUUUAGAGCAUGGAGAGAAUCAUUUAAUUAAUAAGCCUAUUUUUCUGUUCCAGCAACUGUUUUUAUGAAGGAAAAGCUUGAAGUGCUACUUAACUUACUAUUUCAGAGGGAAGUAAAUUUCUUUUUAAAGAAUCUUUUCAAGAUUAAAAAUGAAUACCUUAAAUCUCCCAAAAGAGAUAACCAAUAUCUGAAGGUUUAUACAAUAUUUAUAUAGUGGCUACAAUAUUCACAAAAUUCCUGUGUUCUCUUAUGAAAAAUAUACACUUUUCGUUUCUUCCUCUUCCUCCU